AUGAGUCUUGAGCUCCAGUCUUGCUUAUCCUGCAACUGCGGCCCAGUGAGCACAGUCGAUAAGGAGAUCAUCGCCUACAUGGCUGCCAACAGUGUGGUAUUAUGGAACAUCUCUUCCAACAGAAAGGAUUUCAUAUGGCAUGAGUCUCUCGGAAUCACAACAUGCGCGGCAAGUUCCCGAGCCAACCAAAUCGCUGUAGGAGAAGAAGGCGCCAACCCUUGCGUCGCAAUCUACUCAUGGCCUUACAAAAGUCUACUUACUCCCCCCCUCGAAGUUCGACCAAGAUAUAGGGAAAAUUCCUAUUUUUUUGGAAAAUUAACCCCCCUCAAAGUUCGACCAAGACCUAUAUAAAUUUACUAGGAAAAUAAGCAAUUUUUCAAAAAUUUUAAACUAUGUGGGGGUGAGCUUGCGAUUUUUGUAUUCAAGUUCUAAAAAAGUGUUACAAAACCAUCUUGCACUAUUUUUUCUAACCCUUACACCCAUACAGAAGAAUAUGAUAAAAUUUUUUUUUUUUUAACUACUAAAUUAUAUAAAAAAAAUUUUCUUAACCCCCUCGAAGUUCGACAAAAAAUCUUGGUCGAACUUCGAGGGGGGGAGUUAGAAAAAUCCAUGCAGGUGCGGCAGUUAUGUACACCGCACUUGCGUUUAAUAAAACUGGAGACCAGCUAAUAACAGUUGCUGACUAUCCUGACUACACUUUAAAGGUCUGGGAAGGCGACAGAGAGCUGGUAAGCCUUGAUUUAGGAAGAGAACCUCUCAAAAUUAUGGCCCAUUACUCAAUAUUGAUCCUUCUUAAGCAUGAAGUAAAAAUUCUGACAAUUCAUAACUCCUAUGAGCUGCCUUCAGGGAUAGAAGAAGAUUUAUUUGAAAGAAACCGAUAUACACUUAAGACGUACUCACUAGCUGAAAUUGUGCCACUAGACGCCACUUGGGAUAAGUACGGGAAUAUUUAUUUGUCAACUAAUGCAGGAGAACUUUUGGUGAUAAAGCCAAAUUUAAAGGAGACUUUGGCUAUUGUGAGGUAUGAUUUUAAUAUUUUAUCAAUGGUGCUCACCCAUAGAUAUCUUGUGAUUGCUACUUCAGAAAAUAAAAUACAGUGGCUGAACAUUUAUAUACCAAAAGAAGAAAACGAUCCAAGACUAGGGAAAAAUUUAAAUUUGAAGCCGCAUAAGGAGUUGCCAUUGGAAGACCCUCAGGAUAUCAUUCAGUUAUUAUAUACAGGAGAUAUGUCAAAACUAGUCAUGAUUGGCGCACAAGGGAAAAUACAAGUUCUGCAUCAGCCAGCUGAGCCAGGAUUCGAAGUAGAAGAUGAAGAAGAAGACAAAGAAGAGGAAGACGAUCUAGGAGAAGAAGAUGAAGAUGAAGAAGCUGUCAGGAAACCUAAACUGAUCAAUGCAACUCCACAGGUUUUGGGGCAAUUUCAUAUAGGCUGCGUUAAAUCAGUUGUAGGAUUAGGGGAUUCAACACAGUGUGCAACGAUUGCGGAAGAUUUCAGAAUAUGGGAAGUCGUGACUGGAGAAAAUUUAAUGCAGUAUUCUAGUCCUGGGGAUUCUGAAUAUACUUCAAUUGAUGCAAAUUUAGCUGGAAAUCUAGUUGCAAUAGGCAGCAGCUUAGGCGCUAUAAGGAUUUUUGAUGUUUUCAGCAGAAUGGUGCCAAGGCUGCUUAUUUUCCACAGGCUUAUUAAUUCUCCUAUUACUUGGGUACAAUUUAGUCCAAGCCAAAGACUGAUUGCAUGCUCAUCCAAUAAAAGCAAUCAAAUCUAUUUCAUCGAGGCGAGCAUUAAUUCCUUAUUCCGCGUCAUUGGCUUCAUUGAGCUAACCAGCAACAUCAAAACUUUGACUUGGUACAAAAAAUCCAUAAUCGCUCUAUUAGAAAACCAGCUUUUAGUGCAAUUUGACGAGCCUCGUGCAGACACCCCUUCAUCUCUUACUCCAAUAGAGGCUACUUUUAAAUAUCGGCACGUAGCAGACGGUCUUAGCAUAGGUGUCAACAACAAUAUGGUCCAUCUAGCAGGCUCAAGCAAAGAUAUUUUAAUAUAUCAGCUUCCUGAGCAGAACCUCAAUGACAUUGAUUUACGAAAACUCCCGCCUGAUCCUAAUGAAAUUUAUCCAGUCCAACAGAUCCAGGCUACAGUUUUAUCAUUUUCGCCUGAUCAAAGAUUUCUGGCUGCUGGCUGUGCAGAUGGUCUUAUACAAAUAUAGCUCUUUCCCUUGAAUAGCCCGAUAACGGGGUGAAGCCAGCCUGUUAUCGGGCUAUUCAAGGGAAAGUGCUAUAGGUGACCUUUCUACUAGUGAUAAUGAUUUUAGAUCAGUCCAUGGCCCUUCUGGUGUCCAAUGUUUAAGCUUUUCUGUAGAUUCUUCAUUAUUGUUCAGCACUGGAAGUGAAAGAGAUUUCUUUGUGUGGAGCAUUACAGGAAGAGUUAUAGACCGUCCUGUAGCUAGUACAAUGGUGGAAGACCCACAAAUAGACGCUCUUGAUAAUGUCGACGACAAAGCUGACGCUGAAAUCCAAUUUUUUAGCGAGAUUUUGACAGAAGCGAAAAAUAAAGCAGAAACUAAAGAAGUGGAGAAAGUUAAGUCAAAAUUAAAAGCAAGGGUUCAAGAAAUACAGGAUAAACUGCAAGCAAUGCUGAGCGUUAAUGAAAAAUGCCCAGAGCUGGAAAGAUUGGAUAGAGAUGAAUUCGUACUUGAUUUGGCAGGAAAACAAAAAAUUGAAGAAGAGGGCAAAAAAGCGGCUCAGGUUUUGAGGGAACAAGCCAAAAAAGAGAAUUUAGCCCAAGAGUUACUUAAAGAAAGAAUUAAAAUGAAGACUAUAGACAGCAUGGAAGUAAACUCCAGGGUGAUUUCAAGUAUGCAAAGAGACCAAAUUGUGUAUAACUAUACAAUCAGAAAACUCGCCUUAUCUGAACAAUCAUUGUUCAGGAAAAUCAAAUGCUAUCGCAUGAUUGAGCUGCGUGAAGCCACAUUAAGAAAAGAAAAAGGGCUCGAUGAGAUCAUUGAAUAUGAAAAUUUCGCAGUAGAUUGGAUUAUUGGAAAAAAGCCAGAAGAUUGGAAAAAUCAUCCACUGCUUCAAGCAUUAGAAAAGAAAAGAGCUUCAUCAAGAAAAGAAGGAGACCCUGAGCAGACAAAUGAAUGGGAAUUACUAUAUCCUGCACCUUUAAUCUACACUCCUGCCCGCAAAAGGACUCAAAUAUAUCUCCUCUACAUGCUAUGCAGAGCUCUCAAAGAAGGGUUUAACGUCGAAUUCGAAAAACUUAUCCAAUUCAAAGAAAAACAAGUCGACUUAAUUGAAGAAAAAAAUCAGUUGAUCCAAGAAAAACAAAAAGAACUCAACGUGGCCACAAAUGUUUUUGUCCCUCCAGUGCAUCUAUUAGAAGACCCUAAUGAAAUGCUUAAGAUCAAAGACUCAGACUUCACCGUCGAAAAAUACCUAACAAAAGAAGAAAGAGAGGCUUUAGAAGAAAAAAAGCGAAAAGAAGAAGAAAGGCUAAGACUGCUUAAUGCUGACGACUCAAAAAAGAAAGCCUUAAACCAAAUGAUGUAUGGGACUAUUGAAAAUAAAAAAAAUAAUUACUCAAAAUUGACUGAUAACUUGCAAAGAGAAGAAUGGAUGGACAAAUUGACGCUGCAAGAAAUGACUGAGGAGCAAAGACAGAAAUUGAAGGAGUUUGAAGAAAAGGAUAAAAAACUGCAAGAAGAAAAAGACAAGCUUAGAAAAAUCAUUGAAGGGGAGCUUAAGAAACUGCAAGGAGAAGUCAAUGAAAUCUGCAAAAUUUUUGACCAAAAGGUCAGAGAAUUGUUCUUGCUGAGGCUUGACACUGAUUAUGAGAUUUAUCAAAUGGAAUUUAUGAUAGCAAGACUUGUCAGGUCAAUUAUGGCUGACAUGAAAAGAAAAGUUGAGCUUGAAGAACUGAGAAAAGAAAAUGGAAAAUUAGAUGAAGAGGUCAAUAAAAGAAAAGAAGAGAUCAAUGAGUUUGGCCAUCAUAUCGAAUUUUUGCAAGCAAAAAUCAAAAGAUGCCAGGAUGAUUCUAAAGCUGUUGAUGCGCAUUUUAAGACAAUUGUUGAAAAAGAACAGAAUAUAAAUACACAUGACCAGAAGAAAAUUAAAGAUUUGUUGAAAAAUGGGCCUGAAAGAAAACAACAGCCAAAGGCUCCUCUUUCGCCUGACGUGGAAGACUUACUUGCCACUUUAAAUGCUCUGGAUCCAUUUACUCCACAAGAAAAAGAAAAAAUAAUCAGCAACCUUCCUCUUCCACAGCCAAAAGAAAUUGAAGAUAAAGAUCUUGUAGGAAUCCCUGAGCAAAUCCAUGAAAUCUUAUAAAUCAUUAUUACUUAAAAUCAGUUUUUUCGACCUUUUAGGUUUGUUUUUCAUAAAGAACUAUACCUAAUUUUUUAAUUUAUUUUUAAGUAUCAUUUAUAUGGUAUAAAAAACAAUCGCAAAAAGAAAUUAAAUUACGAAAAACAAAUCCCACAGCUUCAAAAGCAUAUCAAAGACGUCGAAGUCCACAAAAAGUGGCUGGAAAAGAAAUACCAAAAAUCUCUAGAAAAAUCAUCACGAGUUAGAGAAGAGUUGCAAAGAAAAGAAGACGAAAAUAUUAAGCAGAGAUUUAAUACAGAAUUAUUGCUCAAAAUGAAGCAAGCUGUUGUAGAAGUCCCUCAGCAGCCUGUUGUUACUGAUUAUGCAGACGCAAUUUUAAUAUACAGAGAUGUAGUUGAAAGCAAAAACCGCAGAAUCAGAGAAAUCGGAAAUGAAAAAGUCAAAGUUCUGCAAGAAAUCGCAGAUUUCAAGAUUGCUUUAGCCAAGGUUAAAUGGAGAGAAGAGCUUUUAGAGCUGGAAACUGAAGAUUUCAAGGAAAGUGAAGGUGACUUAAAGAUGCUUACUCCUAUCAUUGGCUAAUUAGUAAAUAAAUCCCUAUACCUCGGAAAAUCCCUAUUUAUAACUAGCAAAAUUUUUCAAUUUAAACUUCUUUUCUCGAAAUCUUUUUUACAUGUGAUUAUAAUGAGAGCCUUUUAAUACUGUAAAAUUUUAAAUAUCAUGAUCUCUAAACACAAACUUUAUAAAUUUUUGAUUUCAAUAUCUACAAGGUGGUGUUUUAAAACCGAAAAAACAAUAUUGUGAAAGAAUUUUAAACAUAAUGUUUAUAAGAAAAUGAGUCAAAACCCUCCUUUAGUGGAUAAAAAAACUUUUCGCUUGCUAAGAGGGAAGCUAGGAUUGACAAAAGGCUCCAAAACAUUCUAGCAGGGCGUGGGCUUGAUGAAAAUCAGCAAAUGCAAGAAAGAAUCAGAAAUCAAAUAGAGCAUCUAAACAUAAACACAGAAAAAAGAGUGAAACAAAUUUAUGAGAAAAAAGAAAUAAUUGUAAAAUCUAUCAUGGAACUUACCAGAGAUAACGAAGUAUUAGAAAAUGAAGUCUCAGAAAUGGAAAAGCAAGAUUAAGAUUGCCCAAGAGAUUAUUGCAGACCCUCAUCAUCCCACGGAUUACUUCGCGUUAGCGCUCGGAGCUAUCCUCACACCUGCCCUUUUCACUACUGAACUCAUCAAAAAAUGGUGACGUAGGAGGUCUCUCCAGAAGAUCGCCCGAUCCAUCUCCUUGGUCCCAGAAGAUGACAAAGAUUCCCUCAAUCUCCACAGUGCUCGGGUUUGAUCCACCUGCAUGAUCGGUAAUGCUCUUAUCGCACCGAGGGACAUUGCGCCAGUAGGUGCGUCUGCAAGUCAGGAAAAAAAUUGAGGUUAACCCCAAACCAAAAACCAGCCCAGGAGAACUAACUAUGUGACUUUCUCCUCUGGGUCAGGAUCAGCUCUUGUAUCACUAGAGGCCAUAUCAGAUCACCCCAUUUUAAUAAUUCUGGAAAAACAAGAAGAAAACAGAGAGCAGCUGUUAAAAUUAAGAGCCACCAUUUCAGACCAAGCAAGAGAUGACCCAGCAGGAAAAUUCAGACAGAUUUCUGAAAGACGAAGAAUGAUGGACAAAAUUGAGCAAUACAGAGAAGAAAUUGAAUUCCUAAACGACGAACUUGACAGACUUCGUGCCAAGACUUUUCCAUCAUUCGCCCACCUUCAGGCGCAUGUUGACUUCCCAGACGAAUAUUAA